GGGUUAUUGCGUUUGCUGGAGCCGGGUGAUUCUCUCAAAAGUAUUUGUCACUAAUCGCUAUAAGGAGAGUGAGAGACUGACAGAGAGCCUUUCUUGGGCAACAAUUUUCUCUGAACUCGGCGCCAACACUGCGAUUUCUCAUAGAGGUUCCGAUGCCGUACGUCUGUGUGGAUUAGUGUUGGCGAGGCGAUAUAUAUAUCUAAUUUAUAUCGCCGGCGAUGGCUCUUCCUAUUGGGAAGCUGACCAUUCUGGUUGGUGCAGGUAUUUUAGGGUCGGUUCUUGCGAAAGAAGGGGGGAUUUCUGAUUUUGUCUCUGGUGCUUUUAAGUUUGCUUUCAAGCAAUUAAAAAAGCAAGAUGAUUCUAGCCCAUCUGUAAGCAAGCCUCGCAAUGACUCACUGAUGGCCCAGGUUAACAGCCUAAGGCAGGAGCUGCAAAUCUUGGCAUCAAAUAGAUCAAUUACUAUUGUAAAUUCAAGUCGAACUGCUAGCGGUGCUACCAAAUAUGGUGUUAUUAUUGUUGUAGUUGUGGUGGGUUAUGGCUAUGUUUGGUGGAAGGGUUGGAAACUUCCUGAUAUGAUGUUUGCCACAAGGCGCAGUUUAUCCGAUGCUUGUACCUCUGUGUCCAAACAGCUUGAGAGAGUUUACUCAUCUAUUUCGGCCACCAACCGGAGGCUAUCUUCUCAAAUUGAUGGUGUGGAACAUAGUUUGGAUGAGUCUCUUGAAAAUGCUAAUAAAACAAAGCAGGAGGUUUCUGAAUUGCUUGGGAGAACGGGUGCAAUUGGCAUCGAUGUUAGAUCUGUUCAUGAAACAGUCCAGAAUCUGAAAAAUAAAAUUGAUACUAUAGAAGAAAAGCAGGACUGGACAACUUUAGGAGUGAUGGAGCUAUGUUACUUUGCCCAGAGAUCUGAAAAUAGUAGAACCACAGAACAGAUUAAGGUAGAAUCGUCCAGUCCGAGGCCAGCUCUUGAUCUACCCCCAAAAUCACCCUCAAGGACUGGAUCUCUGCCUCCAAUUUCGAGACCAUUGCCUUUACCAGAUUCCAGUGGAUCUUACCAGGAGGUUAAUGGAAUUUCAGAAGUUAUUGGAGCAUUAACUGGUGGUGAUGGUUCUAAUGGGAUCGCCACUCCUGAAGUGACAAAAAGUGGGUCUUCAAGUUCUAGUCGGUUUGGGCUGGGUAGUGGCUUUACUGCUUCUUUUCUGACUAGAACUCGCAGCGCAACAAACGCAUGGCUACAGCAAACGCGUUCAGCUAAUCAAUGAUCUUGAGGAUAUUUUACAUUCAUCAUCUUUAAAAGAAAAUUUAGGUAUCUAUAUAAUGAAAUUAUUGAACUCUGCUAGGGGAAGAACGUUUUUUUGGAGAUUAGUCUGGAGACACUUCCCAACAUACAUAAAUAUAGGAUGGCGCCCAAAGCCAAAUUUCUAAGAGGAGUGGGUACCGAAUUUUGUAGAGCAUUUAUUUAUCCUUAUUAUCUUUAAUGAGGACCCAUUUUUUUUUUUUUUUUCUUUAUGUGUAUCUAAAAUAGGAACUUUUUGUUUUCUUCUGUCCAUAGGAAUAAUGACUAUUUUAAUGGGGGAAAGGGCAAAAGUGGAAAGGUCUUUAAACAAAGAUGUUCCAUCCUUUCUAAUCAUAUUUUGAUACUCUAUUUGCUGUA